CAAAAAAAAGCAUACGUGUCGUUUGUAGGAACCAAACCCCCUUAAGUUUCUCCUUAGAUGGCCAGCUUUCCAGAAUUUGUCAACCAGAAUGAACUAGCACAGUCUCAGCUAAUCACCGACCUUUGGACACCUGCUGCUCCAUUUGAACCCAAAUCGGGCCGUGAAACAUGGACUGUUGCUUUUGCACCUGAUGGGUCGUAUUUUGCUUGGUCUCAGGGUCAUCGUAUAGUCAAGUUAGUUCCCUGGUCUCUCUACCUAAAUAAGUUGUCAAAUAGAAGCAAUAAUGUCGUUGAUAGGAAUUUCAAAAGGCAGAACAGCGAUGGUCAGAGAAACGUGGCAGAGGAGCAUGUUAUAGAUUGUGGCGAUAUUGUAUGUGGUCUUGCUUUUGGUUCUUCUGUACCUGAGAAACAGAGUCGCUGUGUGAAUGUUGAAUGGCAUCGAUUCAAGUUUGGUCAAGAUCAGCUCCUGCUGGCAACUGGGUUGAACAAUGGACGCAUCAAAAUUUGGGAUGUGUACACCGGUAAAUUCCUUCUUAAUUUGAUGGACCACACUGAAAUUGUCCGUGAUGUGACUUUUGCACCAGAUGGCAGCCUUAUCUUAGUAUCUGCGUCAAGGGAUAAAACUCUUAGGGUCUGGGAUCUUAAGGAUGAUGGAAAUAUGGUGAAGGUACUGAAGGGGCAUCACAGCUGGGUGUAUUGCUGUGCCUUCUCCCCUGAUUCAACCAUGCUCUGCUCUGUUGGGGCCGGGAAACCGGUUUUUCUGUGGGACAUGGAGAAAUACACAGUGAUUUGCAAACUUGAAGGUCAUCAUAAUGAUGUGGUAUCAUGUGAAUUUUCUCCUGAUGGAGCUUUAUUGGCUACCGCCUCGUAUGAUACACGAGUUGUUGUCUGGGAUCCAUAUACUGGCUGUAUUCUUUUGGAGCUUGGACAUCUCUUCCCACCACCAACUCCUAUUUUUGCUGGUGGGGCAAAUGAUCGCUGGGUGAGAUCUGUUGCCUUUUGCCAUGAUGGUGUGCACAUUGCCAGCAUUGCUGAUGACAAAAUGGUGAGGUUCUGGGGGAUUGAAGACAAGAGCCCAGUGGAAGUAGCUCCUCUGAGUCAUGGACUCUGCUGUGCCUUUUCUCCAGAUGGUAAUGUUCUUGCUACAGGGACACGUGAUGGUAGCGUUUAUUUUUGGGCCACACCAAAGUAUGUUUCCAGUCUUCAACAUCUCUGCCGCAUGACUAUACGAAGAGUGUUGAACACCACGAACGUUGAAAAACUGCCCAUCCCAUCAAAAGUGAUGGAUUAUCUGACAUACCGGGUCAUGUGACCAGUUGGAGCCGGGUAAUUUAAGAGGGAACAACGUGUGUGGUGCAUCUGGUGUUUGUAUAAUUGAGCUUGUAUUUGCUUGAAAUGUUACAGCUCUUAGCUUCUCCUCCAGUUCAUAUAUGCUAUUUUACCGAUAUAAAAAUGUACAUAUUUUGUAAACAACUUGUAAACAAAUUGUAAAAAAUGUUGCUUAUACCAUGUUUUUCUAUUUCUGUGAUUGAAAUGUGUUUGCUGUAUAUACAUGUCCUGUAAAGGUGUAUUGGAUGCUGCAUUUUUUUUAAAAAGAGCAGCUCUGACUGGGAGAGGGGGGGAAGAUGGAGUACAAAUGUCAACUGCCAAAGAAUUGAACAAAGUGAUCGCUUUUGUGAACCAUUGCAUGAAAAUACAAACUGAAUAAUGAAUGUACUUCUUUCAAAUGUAAAUUUUUAUUUUUGUUCUGUUGGAAGGCUGCGAAAGAAUUAAAAAUGCUUCAAAAUUUGC